AUGAACACCAUGAAGUGUUUGUUAUUAUUGUUCCACCUGAAUCUAUUUAUUUGCAUCCACACUGAUGAAAAAUACGAUAUUGCUCAAAAUCUCGCACUUCGAUUUGACAGAAUGUCAACAAUUCAAGACUCGCAAGUGGUUUCGGACAAUUUCAGCGUUGACGGAAGUUUCAGGUAUUUUCCUGUUUCUAUUCUCUCCGAGGAUUCUUUCAAUCGUCGAACUUUGAUUAUGCAUGCUCAAAUGUGGAAAAAGGCAAUUUAG